AUGAAACACUGGGGAAACUGGGAAGAGAGGACACAUAGAAGGCUGUGGUCCAAGGUGAUUUUUGUGAGCUAUGAGCAGGGUCUAUGGAACCAGAGGGAGCACUCAGCUGUUCUGAAAACUGAAGGUGUGUGUGCUCGAGAUGAAACUGAAUGCUACUUAAGCAAGAGAUGUGCUUGUGUGCACAAAGCAAAGAAGAACACAGUAACUACUGGUGGAAAAUCUUACAAAACCAGAGUAAUCUGGGGAAAGAUAACUCAGGCUCAUGGAAACAGUGGAAUGGUUCAGGCCAAAUUCCAAAGCAACUGUCCUGUUAGGGCCACUGGGCAUAGAACCUGUGUGAUGCGGUACCGUUCAAGGAUUUAA